CAUUGCCCAAUCCCCCCGCGGCGGCGGCGGCGGCGGCCGCAGCGAUAAAUAGCUGCACCCUGUGCCGCGGGGCCACCAGUGCGAGAGACCAACGAGCCGGCGGACUGACGGACGGGCGGCCGCCGCCGUCCCUGCGCCCCCCGCGCUAGCUGCGCCCCCUGCUCCCGGAGCAGGACCCCGGCGCCGCAGCACCGCCAGGACCUGCUGCUGAACUACCUCCUGACUUUACUUCACCAUGGGAUUAAAAAAGCCUCCGGAUGGUGGAUGGGGCUGGGUGAUUGUCGUGGUCUCCUUCCUCUCUCAGUUUCUGUGCUAUGGGUCCCCACUGGCUGUCGGAGUCUUAUACAUCCAAUGGCUGGAUCUCUUCCAUGAAGGGAAAGGAAAGACCGCCUGGGUUGGAUCCCUCGCCAAUGGAGUUGGCUUGAUUUUAAGUCCCAUAUGUAGCCUCUGUGUUUCAUACUUUGGUGCAAGACCCGUCACGAUUUUCAGCGGCUUCAUGGUGGCCGGGGGCCUCAUGAUCAGCGCCUACGCCCCAAACAUUUACUUUCUGUUUUUUUCCUAUGGAGUUGUUGUUGGCCUCGGGUGUGGUUUAUUAUACAAUGCAUCAGUGACCAUCACAUGCCAGUAUUUUGAUAAGCGUCGAGGUCUUGCACUUGGCUUGAUUUCAACAGGAUCCAGUGUUGGACUUUUUAUAUAUGCUGCACUUCAACUCGAACUGAUCGAACUGUACGGAUUAGAUGGAUGUCUACUCAUUGUGGGCGCUUUGGCACUAAAUAUAUUACCCUGUGGCACUUUGAUGAGACCGCUGGAAUUCUCUAAAUCCUCUCCAGCAGAAAAAGAACCCGUCCAAUAUUCUACAUACAACGAGAAAGAAAAGUCCCUGGAGGAGAACAUUAGCAUUCUUGAAAAAGGCUACAGUGAAGAAAAAUUUGUGAGACCUUUGACCAUCGGUGAUUCCAAACAGGAGAUCCCGUUGCCCGAGAAGGAGUCAGCCACAGUGCAGUCAAAAGAAACCGAUGUCUACAAAAAGAAAGUGGUGGAACGGAAGAAAUUUUGUAAGCAGCUGGCCAAGAGAAAAUGGCAGAUGUGCCAGAACUAUUGGGCAGAGACAGUCAGCUUAUUCAAGAAUAGAGUCUUUUCUGCCCUUUUCAUCUCCAUCUUGCUUUAUGACAUUGGGGGCUUUCCGACUUUGCUGCUAAUAGAAGAUGUUGCCAGAAGUGCCAACGUGAAGGAAGAAGAGUUUGUCGUGCCCUUGAUUUCCAUCAUCGGUGUCAUGACGGCUAUUGGAAAGUUUCUCUUAGGGGUCCUGGCCGAUGUCAAGUUUAUCAAUACUACGUAUCUCUACGUGGCCACCUUGAUAAUGACCAGUAUGACCUUGUGUGCAAUUCCCUUUGCCAAAAGCUAUAUUUCCUUGGCGAUACUCUCUGGGCUGAUAGGGUUUUUCACCGGCAACUGGUCCAUCUUCCCCUAUGUGACUACCAAGAUUGUGGGAAUCGAGAAAUUGACCCACGCCUUUGGAAUUUUGAUGUUAUUUGCAGGAGUUGGAAACAGCCUGGGACCACCCAUUGUUGGUUGGUUUUACGACAUGACCCAGAGCUACGACGUCGCAUUCUUCUUUAGCGCAUCUUGCGUCCUGCUCGGCGGGUUGAUUCUGCUGUUUGCUGCCUUACCUUGGGGAAACAUAUGUCACAGAGACAGCACCAAAACGGCCCCAAAGCCUUACAUUUACCAACCUGCAUCUCAAGUGUAGGGAACGCCGGGAUGCUCCUUAUCGUCACUUUGUGCUCUCUCUCCAGCAAAGUCCUCAAGAGAUUUUGCGAGUGGCUCAAGCAGCCAAGAUUCUUUUUCUAUUAGACCAAUUCCCCGGUGGCUGGCUCUCGGUGGCCAUCACCGUCCCUCCUCCCCAGCCCCACUAAGUGGGGUCUCUUUUGCUACACCGUCACCACCAAGGCCUUGAAAUGGUAGCAGGUUUGGAUGGCACGAGGAGAUGCCCCUCUGCUUCGAGGAGUGACAUUUCCCGGCCCGCUUUGCCAGCCCCAUGAUGAGAUUCCCAGAAAUCUUCUGCAUUUCAGACUGUGAAGCCGCGUGACGAGAUGCGCACAGCAAAGCCACUGGGGUCUUCUGGAUCCUCUCUUCUCUUGGUGACAUUAGCCGAUUAACCACUUGAAGUUUUGUUUUAAAAACUGAUGGAGAGAAGAAACCCAGAUUCCCCAGGGAAUGGAAAUAUUUCCUGGAAAGGGGCAUUUAAAAUGGCAGCUGGGCCGGAUGACAGUCCCUGUCGGGAUACCGUGAUAUUUGCCUUCUUUUUUGUUUCCUAAGCAUCUUGAGUUCUUUCAGUGUCCUACUGAACCCACACUCAGCCCAGUUCCCUGGCCUCCAGGAGUUUGCAAAGGAGCAGGUGAGCUCCCGCCACGUUGCUGUCCCCGAGACCUUUGCUAAACAAAAUAGAAGUUGCUCUCAUUAGGUGGUAGCUACUUAAUAGAUGCUCUGCCAAGGAAGAGGCCGGGUGAGAGGGCGGCAUUUCUAGCUCCGGGUUUCCAGAUCGGAAAUCGGGAUUCCGACCAUUCCAUGAGUGCAAACGGGAGCCUUCCAUUAGGCUGGAACACAGCCCGGGCGCACGAUGGCACAUCUGCCAGACGAAGCGUUGCUGCUACAGAUGUGGCCGUUCUUCCACGAUAACUGUUUACAAUGUUUUUCUUCAAAUCUGGGGGGAGCCAGGGCUACUCGGGGUGAGGGCGUUGGUUAGUUGGGGAGGAGGAGGAGUGGAAAACUGGUGCUUUUGCCUAGCUUGUCCUAGGAAACCCAUGUUAGAGAGAAAAGAGCCAUUUAACAAGUCCACAUUGCUCUAAGGGCCUUCCUGUGGGGAAAGGAUAAUUCUCUUGAUGCUCAAAAAAGAGGGGAAAAAACACUAAGAUCUUGAGGAGGCUUUUUAAACAGGGACUCCCCUUUCCUUAGUGCCAAAUUUCUCUCCUAAUUGUGUCUGAAGUAUUCGAUGUGAAUUUUUAUUUCUCUGUUGUUCUUCUGAGGCGUCUAAAGCACUUUACAAUCACAAAUUGCCUCCCAAUGUCCCAGGGAAAGGAGUCAACACUUUUAUAGAUGGGAAAACUUAGAGAGGGAGCGAUCUGGGCACUUGCUUGAGGUGCGAUGGCUCUGGAUAGAACUUCCGGCCUCCCCUCCCGGCAUCUCUGGGAACCUCUGUUCUUGCUCCCCAGUCACCAUGAGGUGUUUGCUGCUAAGGACAGUUAUUAAGAGUGAAACAAAAACUUGCCUCUGGUUUUUGUGUUGAAGCAUUUUUUUUCCCAACGUACUUUCAGGAUGCUCAACUCCAUAAUGGACGUAAAUGACAAGCUUUUUGAUCUCGUGUGAUAAGGGCGUAUUGACCGUGAGGGUAUCUUUUUGUCAUAUGUGUCUGUUCAUUUUGCUCUGUUCUUGUUUUUCCCAUUGUCUCAGAAAUGCAUUUUAAGUUACAAUAAAACAUCUUUUAUUUGAAUUUA